UGGUUUUCACUCAGUGAGCAUCUCACUCAGUCCUUGGCAUAUCAACUCACACUUAUGCAGCAGGAAUUGUUCCGGAAAGUUCAUCCCAUCCAUUACAUGAAUUCAAGAGCACAUGGUGUUGGAGUGGAUAGCACAUCUAACUUCACAUUCCGAAGAGUAUCUCAAUCAUUAAGUAGUAGUCGAGUUGAUUUGGAUCAGACAGAUCAGGGAGAUCAGAUGAAUUUAAGCAAUCUAUUCAAAGAUCAUUUACAUGAUAGUCACCUGAUUCUUACAUUACUGGACUAUUCUAGAAGUGUCUCACAUUGGGUAUCAUCUGAGGUGUUGUGUUGCAGCUCUACAAAGGCACAGGUUGCAAUUGUGACUAAAUUUAUUUACCUUGCUAAGAUGUGUUAUGAUGUAAGAAACUAUGAUACUUCAGUUCAAAUACUAGAUGGCUUAGAAAACCUUAUUGUUAGACAAGUACCGGCUUGGCGUAACAUUCCAUCCAAGGCUUUGAACAUAAUGCAGGAAUUGAUUGCUGCCAAGAUGUUCCUACAAAGUGACAAUCAGUGUUUAGUUGAAGGUGAAAGUCAUCGUGAUCAACCAACCCUGCCAUGUACAUUUCUAUUUUUGAUGCAUAUACAGCAGCUAGAGAUUGGUAGCUUUACACUUGCCAAUGGAAUGUACAAGUGGACUAAAAUGAAGUGUAUUGCAAGACUAAUUGAUCAAAUCAGAGUAUUUAAGGAACAUCGAUUCUCUUUUGAGGCUGACCCAGAAUUACAGUUGCUUCUAAGACAACGCAUAAUGGAAUUUCAGGAUCAGGAUUUACAUUUGUUAGCGGUGCAGCAAUCAACCAAUUUCCAUCACUUAUCUGGGGAGAAAAGCAGUCGUAAAUUUCAUGAUGCGUUAAAGAAAGUCAGAGCUUCCUUGCAGUAGUUCAUCUACUUUGCUUUCUUUAAAGUCUUUCAUCAACCAUAGUACUGAAGUCAUUUCAAGACUUGCUCAGCAUUAUUUUAUUGGUCACCAUAGCAAUAUUUUACCAAAUAAGAUGUGACCAAACAAUGUUAUUUAAUAUAACAGUAUCUUUCAUUGAGGAUGCUGUCUCAUAAACUAGUGUUUGGUUUCUUUGAUACAGUGUGUCAUAUAUAUUUUCUUUCCAAGAAAUCAAAGUUGAUAUCUUUGAAUUGUUGUUGCUUUUGGG